AGAAAACAUAUUUGGGUACAAAGACCUUGCCAUACAACUGUACUACAGUGCGUCCAAGCUGACAACAUACCUCAAUAUUAAAUACACAGAUAAAGUCUCUCCUGAGAAAUUUGAUGGACUAAAGCCAGAUGAUGUAGUCGGGUCUCUGUCAAAGGAAUUACCACCAGGAUAUUACACAAACAUUGAUGACUUCAGUGCGGCUUUGGCUAAAGAUGUAAACUUUAAACCCUAUGGUGAACUGCUGCAUUCCUACACAGUGAACAAAGACGGUGAAGAUAGACAGUUUGAGAUAUACAAGACGGACAUCGAAUGUCCCGGGUUCCGAGAGUAUCACGAGAGACUUCAGACAUUUAUACUGUUCUACAUUGAUGCUGCCUCCUUUAUAGAUGUUGAUGAUGAAAGAUGGACCUUUUAUUUACUGUUUGAAAAAUACAAGAAAGAUGGUAACCCUAUGUACGCUAUAGCUGGUUAUAUGACAGUUUACAAGUACUAUGCCUACCCUUGUAGAACCCGGCCAAGAAUCAGCCAGGUUCUGGUGUUACCUCCAUUUCAAAAACAAGGCCAUGGAGCACAGUUAUUACAGACAUUCUAUAAUGGUUGCUAUGGCGACUCAGAUAUUCUUGACAUCACAGUUGAAGAUCCAUCGGAGAACUUUCAGCGUUUACGUGACUUUGUUGAUGCACGGAACUGUAUGAAUUUGAAAAGUUUUCAGCCAGCCAAGUUACAUGAAGGAUUUGAUGAUGAUAUGUCUCAUGAAGCCAGGCUUAAACUUAAGCUCAACAGCAAACAAGCAAGAAGAAUAUAUGAAAUAUUAAGAUUGAAGGCUACAAGUGAGGCAGACAAAGAAAAGUUCAGACAAUACAGGCUGGACAUCAAGAGAAGAUUAAACAUCCCUUUUCAAAAAAAUGGAAGAGAUUUUGAAAAGCUAAAGAAAGCUUUAAAACCAGAUGAAUUGUCAGCGACAUUGAGUUGUAUGUCUAUGGAACAGCGGCAUCAGUAUCUGGAAAAGGCUUUUGAAGAACAGAUAGAAGUGUAUAGACAUGUCAUAGAAAGGUUGAAUAUGGCUUGAAACUGUGUAUAAAUUAUCGGUAUCGGUAGAAAGGCUUCUGAAGAAUUCAUAAAAUAUAGUGCUGUUCAGGUACUCAAAAAAAUGUCAGUGCUAACUUUAUCGCUAUCCUAAAAAGGCUUCUGAAUAAGGAGUAUGUAAAUAUGUACAAUACCAUAAAAAUGAAAACUUGGAGAUCAUAUUAAUGAAUUGUAAAUAUACACCUACAGUUAUUUAAUGUUUUAAGAAAAAAAUAAUUCUAGUUAAGGCCUGGGAGAUUACAUAAUUAUUGAUAUUCUUUAAGCAGCUUUACUCCAGAUUUAUCCUAAUUUUCAUGAAAAUUUGGAAAAAAAAAAAAAGUAAAAUAUUGUGAAGUGAACUUACAGAUUGCAAACAGCACUUACAAUCCGCUUGCAAAAUUCAUCAAAAAGAGACCAUAAUAUGCAAAAAUGUAGCCCUUGCUGCAUUAUUCAUGCAGUAGAAAUAAGAAGAUAAAUACAUUAAUCGCACAUACCAUGUAAAUUAAUACUUUUAUUUUUCUUAAAAACUUAAUUUUUCUCUCUUUUUUUUCUUGAAAUAUUUUGAAUCAUCUGGAGGCAUGUAGCUUUAAUAUUAUCUUAAAAAAAGGUUCCUUGGAAAUGACUCGAGGUAAGUUUUAGAUACUCUAUUUGUAAAGAUAUAUUGAGGAUUUUGUC